UUCUCUUCCCACUAUCUCUCCCUUAAUCCAAAGGCCCGUGCUUCAUCUCCGCCCCCAAAUCUGAAUCUCCACCGUUUAUCUAGAUCCACACAUCAACACGUCACUAUACUAGAAUUAAAAAAAAAAAAAAACAAAGAAAAUAUCAUCAUCCUCAUCUCACUCUUACAGAUCUCAUACACAUUUCAAGCUCCUAACUUUCUGCUUCUCUCUCUAAGCAGAGUCGCGUAUUCUUAGGAAGAGAAGGUUUUGGUGAAAACCCAUUUUGCCCUUGAAGCCUAGGAGGAUGGUGGAGGCACAAACAUGGGCAACAAGGAGAAUGAGCAACCCAAGAAUAAUGGAUGGCACCACCGUGUCAACCACCACCAAUGACCAAGCUCUUGACAUACCUGCAACCCCACCUGGUGAUGUAAGAAACAAUGCAUAUUCUUCCGUUGGAUCGUAUUUUUCUCCGACUAUUUUAACAGCUGGGAUUAUUGCAUCAUGGUACUUGUCCAACAUUGGAGUCUUGUUACUUAACAAGUACUUGUUAAGUUUUCAUGGCUACCGGUACCCGAUAUUUUUAACAAUGCUGCACAUGAUUUCUUGUGCUUGUUAUAGCUAUGUGGCUAUAAAAUUUCUUCAAAUAGUACCAUUGCAGCAUAUUUCAUCAAGAAAGCAGUUUAUGAAGAUCUUCGCUUUGAGUGCUAUCUUUUGUUUCUCUGUGGUUUGUGGUAAUACUUCAUUGAGGUACUUGCCUGUGUCUUUUAAUCAAGCUAUUGGGGCAACCACACCUUUUUUUACUGCUAUUUUUGCCUUCUUGAUAACUUGCAAGAAAGAAUCUGCUGAGGUUUAUUGUGCACUUUUGCCUGUGGUUUUUGGGAUUGUUUUGGCCAGUAAUAGUGAGCCUUUGUUUCAUUUAUUUGGGUUCUUGGUCUGUGUUGGUUCAACUGCUGGACGUGCUUUAAAAUCCGUGGUUCAAGGGAUUUUGUUAACAUCAGAAGCUGAGAAGUUACAUUCUAUGAAUUUGUUACUUUAUAUGGCACCAAUGGCUGCUUUGAUUUUGUUACCAUUUACUCUUUACAUAGAAGGGAAUGUGGCUUCAAUUACGAUUGAGAAAGCCAGAGGGGAUCCGUAUAUUGUGUUCUUGUUGAUUGGGAAUUCAACUGUGGCUUAUUUGGUGAAUUUGACGAAUUUUUUGGUGACCAAGCACACAAGUGCCCUGACUCUUCAAGUAUUAGGCAAUGCUAAGGCUGCCGUGGCUGCUGCCGUUUCGAUCUUGAUCUUUAGGAAUCCGGUGACUGCGAUGGGAAUGGCUGGAUUCGCAGUUACAAUCAUGGGUGUGGUGCUUUACAGCGAGGCAAAGAAGAGAUCUAAGGUCACAACUCACUGAAGGAUAAUAUAAAGAUUCAUUUUGAUUGCCACAAACACUGGGAGGAGUUUUCCUUUAGGUAAGAAAUGCAAAAGAAGUUGUUUCUUACUGGGUUUUAGAUGACAGGUGCGAGGUGUAGGGACAUUUUGAAAUGGUUCCCAAAUGCAAUAACUAUACAAAGAGCAGCCUUAUUUCCACAUGAUCGCAAUGACAAACAUCCUUUGGAUCAAACAAAUGAAAUUGUUUCAUAGUUUAAUUGGUCAAUUUCUUCAUGUAGGUUGAAAUGACUGGGAUUUUUUUCCCAAUUCGGAGUCAUUUGGAUUUAUUUAUUUAUUGUAUCUUUUUCUUUUUUGAUUGGGUGACUAUUAUGCUUUAAGCUGGAAAGUGACUAUUUUAACAGAUGAAGGUGACAUGUUCACAUUCAGUUUAAGUCAAGACUCUUGCUUUAAGUUAAGGUGCCUUGCUGUCAGUCCCAACCACCGCAGAUAGUUUUGUAUUUGGUUAUUGUUUUGUAAACUUUAUAGCCUAUGCACUAUAUGCUAUACGCGUCAUGUGGGACAUGAAGAGUUGCUUUUGCUUAAAUCUUGAUGGUAAUUGGAACUUCCUUCUCAA